AUGAGCAUGAUGAAGAGAGUUAAUAAUUUUUCCUCCACGAUUCAUCCAAUCCGAAGCUUUUCCUCGAGUGUGAAAAAUUUCACAAACACUGCCGGAAGAUAUUGUAAAUUAAUUAUGGUCUCCUCCAAGAAUAAUAACAAGUAUUAUGAAAUGACUGAAAAGGAUGGUGAAAUUCAUAUUGUCUAUGGUCGAGUUGGUGCCACAGGAAUUGCAAUCAAAGCCAGUUUGAGUGAAUGGGAUAGUUUAGUUCGAUCCAAGAUGAAGAAAGGCUAUGUAGAUAUGACAAAUUUGGGAUCUGAUAUGACCAAUGCAGGGGAUGAUAUUUAUUUAGAGAAUUCCAGUCCAGAUGUGAAGAGUUUAAUUUCAGAAUUGAAUAAUUUUUCGAAUAUUUCCAUUGUAAGCAAUUACAAUGUUGGAGUUGGAAGUGUUACAAAGGAACAAUUGGACUCUGCUCAAUCUAUUUUGGAUGAAUUGUAUAAGGUGAAUGAGAAUUUCAAGAAUGAUGAGGAUUUUCUGAAUUCAUUCAAUGAAAAAUUACUGAAAUUGUACGCUGUCAUUCCAAGAAAGAUGAAGAAAGUUCAGGAUUAUUUGAUUAAUGAUAAGAGUAAUAAGGAAAGUGCUGCUUCACUAUUAGAUGAUCAGCAGGAAAUUCUUGAUGUCAUGGCUACUCAAGUCAAGAUUACAAAACAUGAUCAAUCUGAUCAACCUGAUUUCCUUAAAAAGAAUGGACUUGUUGUGGAGGAUGCUUCACAAGAUGAAAUUAAACUCCUCAGAAGAUGA